UUCACUCUGUCUGUUUCUGAUGCUGAAUGCGGCUAUUUGUCCUGGACUCUCUGAGGACACACCUGAGACACCAAAGGCUGUUCUAACCCUGCAGUCCGCUUGGACCCAGAUAUUCACAGGAGAGACGGUCACCUUCAGGUGUGAGGUUCAGGAUGGACUCACUGACUGGACAUACUGGUGGUACAAAGAUGGUAGAGUCAUUCCAGUUUACUACAGUAACACACUGACCUACAGUCCAGUUGAGGUGUCCCACAGCGGUCGAUACACCUGUGCAGGUGAGCGGAACAGGAACAGUAACACACUGCGCUCCAACACCAGCUCUGCUGUCACACUCACAGUGUCAGACAAGCCCCGCCCCCUCCUCAGCGUCACUCCACAGGGGACAAUAUACGAAGGGGAGUCGGUGACCCUGACGUGUCGGGUUCCAGGUCCCUCUACGGGAUGGAGAUACCAGUGGUACAAACUGGUUCGGUACAACACUGGUUUAGGCUAUGUGUUGUACAAUGGUCGAUAUGACUCUCCAGAGCUCCUCCCUGACAGUGUGGGCGGAGCUACGGGUUCCUACACACUCCGCCCUGCUGCUCUUACAAACACAGGGACAUACGUGUGUGGAGCUGUGAGAGGAACACCAGGCUAUGACACACAGUACAGCGAUGUUCACAGUUUGGAGGUCAAAGGUGAGCUGUUGUCCUUCACAGGUAUUCGGGUAUCCUCUGGAUGUUGUGUUUGA